CAAAGUGCUGGGAUUACAGGCUUGAGCCACCGCGCCCGGCCCCUGAUUUAUUAUUUCUUAUUCUAAUACUAAAUUUUAGCCUAAUGUCGAUCAACCACUCACCCUCCAGUCUUUCACUUUCUUAACCUUCUUGAAAGUACUGGCUUCUUCUUACUUCUCUUUAAUUCAUAUUUACUUGUUGGUAGUAGGGUAGGCAUCAGAUAAGUUCCUCAAUAUGGAGGUUAUGCUCAUGCCUGGGGCACUUUAUGAUUAAAAAUAAUAUUAUUAUAGAGGUUGUUUGUAUAAACUAUGAGCUUUGUGUUAGGUUAGUAAAAGAGGCAUUACAAAAUACUUGUUUUUAAAUGUGAAGCUUUGUGCUUGAGCAGCUUAAUGCUCUGGGUGAGCAUAGAGAAUAUACAUUGGUCCUAAAGAGGCUUGCAGGCUUCCAGAAAGACAUUACAUAGAAAUAAGUUAUGUCUAGACUGAGAGGAUGAUGAAAUAUGCUCCAGGAUUUCAGAGAGGGGCAAGUAGGUAUGUUUGAAUGGGUGAGGAAGGCCUGUGGAUGAAGCCGAGGAGGUGUCACCCAACCUAGAUGCUUGGGGAAGCUGUUAAGAGUUUUGGAGAAGGGGACAAUGAAGCAAAGUUCUCUCCCUUCUUUUUCACUUCCCCCCAUUCUUUUUCUUCUAGAACUGUAUCUUUUCUUCUUUCUUUCCUGAAGAUGCAAAAGCUACAGAUGUGAAUGAGAGGGACUAAAGCCAGAGUCAUGACUGUGAAGUAUUGAUUUCAGGUAUUUGUUCUUAAACUCAGACCAAAUAUAAAAAGAUGACCUUGGGGGCUUAGAAUUGUGCAGUUUUUGUUCUUCAAGAGAAUUUAUUGGAGAGAUCUCAGAGUAAGGCAUUGCUUGUAUUUUCCUUCAGCAUAGUACUUAGAUUUUCAUUUUCUUAGAUCUAAUUAUAAAAGAGACUUAGGAGGUGGAAAAUAAAUUCAAUAAGUCUUCAAAGUUUUUCCUUUCUUUAUUUUAUAAGCUAAGUAUCAUUGAAUUGGGGGAAUACUAAGAAGGGUAUCGGUGACAGAAUCACUAGUUUCCUCAACCUGCCUCAGCUUACCAAAUUUAACUCAUUUUGUGAAACUAUCACCACAUGUAAAUAUAUAAAAAAUUAGAAUUUCUUUGAAGAAACAUUUUCUUAGCCAAUCAAAAGUAAGAGCUAAUGAGGCUUCAGGAUGAUUUGGUUUUCAGACUUUUUUUUUUUUUUUCCCAAUGCCACAAUGCUUAGAUACGGUGGGAAAGGCACUUCAAAGUGAGUACUCCAGAUUUAAUUCAAAUGCACCCAUUUAAGUAGCUCAGAAAAUUGCAUAAUCUAUGGUUUCUGGAGUGACAGUGUUUUAUAUGUUGAAAUCUUUUGGAGUGAGAUUGAAACAGCAUAAUCAUUUUAUUUCAUUAAAAUCAGUCUCAGCCUCUUCUUUUUCCUUUCAUUCACUGCAGGCUUUUCCAUCUAGGAAACAAUUCAUAGCUGCUUCUUCAGAGGAUGUCUAAUUUUCCCUCAUUCAGAGGGACACAUUUGGUAGUUUGCCCUGUGUUUUAAUUAGUAAGCUUCAGAGAAAGAGAGUCGUCGGAGCCAGGGCCCCCAGUUGUGGAAGUUUCUAUAUCCGGUAAAUUGGAUCCAUUCCAGGGCAGAAUCAUUUAUCAACAAAUGAAACACCAGCCACUUCCCACACGUCCUCUGAUUGCAUUAAAAAAAUCACUCCCCUUCCUACCCAAAUUGAGUAUGCUUACAGUAUGGAGCUGACGAACAUUCUCUUUCCUUCUCCUCCUCCUCCUCCUCCUCCUCCUCAUUCUGUUGAAUUGCUGGUUUCUGUAAUCUAUUAGGCUUCUUAUUAAUAGUAAUAAAAUGUUCAUUCAUUAACUCUCUCAUGCCUACAUAUCAGUUAUAGUCACUCUCUUUGCCCCCAAGUUAUGCAGUCUUUAUAAGGUUGUUCAGUAGCAGAGAAAUGAGCUGGGAAAACUGAUAUUGCAUCUGUAGCAUCAGGUACUAUUUAACCAGUGGGAGGGACUGAUAAAAUUAGCAAGUUGACUAACCACUUCCCUUCCUUGCGGCUCUUUAAUAUUAUAACGGAUACAGAAAAGUUCAGAAGGACUGAGCUAGUUUGCGAAACCACAGCACACUUUGGCAAAGAGGGAAUGCACAAUAAAACGGAUGGGGUGGCUGGACGAGAGCAGCUCUUGGCUCAGCAAAGAAUGCACAGUAUGAUCAGCUCAGUGGAUGUGAAGUCAGAAGUUCCUGUGGGCCUGGAGCCCAUCUCACCUUUAGACCUAAGGACAGACCUCAGGAUGAUGAUGCCCGUGGUGGACCCUGUUGUCCGUGAGAAGCAAUUGCAGCAGGAAUUACUUCUUAUCCAGCAGCAGCAACAAAUCCAGAAGCAGCUCCUGAUAGCAGAGUUUCAGAAGCAGCAUGAGAACUUGACACGGCAGCACCAGGCUCAGCUUCAGGAGCAUAUCAAGUUGCAACAGGAACUUCUAGCCAUAAAACAGCAACAAGAACUCCUAGAAAAGGAGCAGAAACUGGAGCAGCAGAGGCAAGAACAGGAAGUAGAGAGGCAUCGCAGAGAACAGCAGCUUCCUCCUCUCAGAGGCAAAGAUAGAGGACGAGAAAGGGCAGUGGCAAGUACAGAAGUAAAGCAGAAGCUUCAAGAAUUCCUAUUGAGUAAAUCAGCAACGAAAGACACUCCAACUAAUGGAAAAAAUCAUUCCGUGAGCCGCCAUCCCAAGCUCUGGUACACGGCUGCCCACCACACAUCAUUGGAUCAAAGCUCUCCACCCCUUAGUGGAACGUCUCCAUCCUACAAGUAUACAUUACCAGGAGCACAAGAUGCAAAGGAUGAUUUCCCCCUUCGAAAAACUGCCUCUGAGCCCAACUUGAAGGUGCGGUCCAGGUUAAAACAGAAAGUGGCAGAGAGGAGAAGCAGCCCCUUACUCAGGCGGAAGGAUGGAAAUGUUGUCACUUCAUUCAAGAAGCGAAUGUUUGAGGUGACAGAAUCCUCAGUCAGUAGCAGUUCUCCAGGCUCUGGUCCCAGUUCACCAAACAACGGGCCAACUGGAAGUGUUACUGAAAAUGAGACUUCAGUUUUGCCCCCUACCCCUCAUGCUGAGCAAAUGGUUUCACAGCAACGCAUUCUAAUUCACGAAGAUUCCAUGAACCUGCUAAGUCUUUAUACCUCUCCUUCUUUGCCCAACAUUACCUUGGGGCUUCCUGCAGUGCCAUCCCAGCUCAAUGCUUCGAAUUCACUCAAAGAAAAGCAGAAGUGUGAGACGCAGACGCUUAGGCAAGGUGUUCCUCUGCCUGGGCAGUACGGGGGCAGCAUCCCGACGUCUUCCAGCCACCCUCAUGUUACUUUAGAGGGAAAGCCGCCCAACAGCAGCCACCAGGCUCUCCUGCAGCAUCUAUUAUUGAAAGAACAAAUGCGACAGCAAAAGCUACUUGUAGCUGGUGGCGUUCCCUUACAUCCUCAGUCUCCCUUGGCAACAAAAGAGAGAAUUUCACCUGGCAUUAGAGGUACCCACAAAUUGCCCCGUCACAGACCCCUGAACCGAACCCAGUCUGCACCUUUGCCUCAGAGCACGUUGGCUCAGCUGGUCAUUCAACAGCAACACCAGCAAUUCUUGGAGAAGCAGAAGCAAUACCAGCAGCAAAUCCACAUGAACAAACUGCUUUCGAAAUCUAUUGAACAACUGAAGCAACCAGGCAGUCACCUUGAGGAGGCAGAGGAAGAGCUUCAGGGGGACCAGGCGAUGCAGGAAGACAGAGCGCCCUCUAGUGGCAACAGCACUAGGAGCGACAGCAGUGCUUGUGUGGAUGACACACUGGGACAAGUUGGGGCUGUGAAGGUCAAGGAGGAACCAGUGGACAGUGAUGAAGAUGCUCAGAUCCAGGAAAUGGAAUCUGGGGAGCAGGCUGCUUUUAUGCAACAGCCCUUCCUGGAACCCCCGCACACACGUGCGCUCUCUGUGCGCCAAGCGCCGCUGGCUGCGGUUGGCAUGGAUGGAUUAGAGAAACACCGUCUUGUCUCCAGGACUCACUCUUCCCCUGCUGCCUCUGUUUUACCUCACCCAGCAAUGGACCGCCCCCUCCAGUCUGGCUCUGCAACUGGAAUUGCCUAUGACCCCUUGAUGCUGAAACACCAGUGCGUUUGUGGCAAUUCCACCACCCACCCUGAACAUGCUGGACGAAUACAGAGUAUCUGGUCACGACUACAAGAAACUGGGCUGCUAAAUAAAUGUGAGCGAAUUCAAGGUCGAAAAGCCAGCCUGGAGGAAAUACAGCUUGUUCAUUCUGAACAUCACUCACUGUUGUAUGGCACCAACCCCCUGGACGGACAGAAGCUGGACCCCAGGAUACUCCUAGGUGAUGACUCUCAAAAGUUUUUUUCCUCAUUACCUUGUGGUGGACUUGGGGUGGACAGUGACACCAUUUGGAAUGAGCUGCACUCGUCCGGUGCUGCACGCAUGGCUGUUGGCUGUGUCAUCGAGCUGGCUUCCAAAGUGGCCUCAGGAGAGCUGAAGAAUGGGUUUGCUGUUGUGAGGCCCCCUGGCCAUCACGCUGAAGAAUCCACAGCCAUGGGGUUCUGCUUUUUUAAUUCAGUUGCAAUUACCGCCAAAUACUUGAGAGACCAACUAAAUAUAAGCAAGAUAUUGAUUGUAGAUCUGGAUGUUCACCAUGGAAACGGUACGCAGCAGGCCUUUUAUGCUGACCCCAGCAUCCUGUACAUUUCACUCCAUCGCUAUGAUGAAGGGAACUUUUUCCCUGGCAGUGGAGCCCCAAAUGAGGUUGGAACAGGCCUUGGAGAAGGGUACAAUAUAAAUAUUGCCUGGACAGGUGGCCUUGAUCCUCCCAUGGGAGAUGUUGAGUACCUUGAAGCAUUCAGGACCAUCGUGAAGCCUGUGGCCAAAGAGUUUGAUCCAGAUAUGGUCUUAGUAUCCGCUGGAUUUGAUGCAUUGGAAGGCCACACCCCUCCUCUAGGAGGGUACAAAGUGACAGCAAAAUGUUUUGGUCAUUUGACGAAGCAAUUGAUGACAUUGGCUGAUGGACGUGUGGUGUUGGCUCUAGAAGGAGGACAUGAUCUCACAGCCAUCUGUGACGCAUCAGAAGCCUGUGUAAAUGCGCUUCUAGGAAAUGAGCUGGAGCCGCUUGCAGAAGAUAUUCUCCACCAAAGCCCGAAUAUGAAUGCUGUUAUUUCUUUACAGAAGAUCAUUGAAAUUCAAAGCAAGUAUUGGAAGUCAGUAAGGAUGGUGGCUGUGCCAAGGGGCUGUGCUCUGGCUGGUGCUCAGUUGCAAGAGGAGACAGAGACCGUUUCUGCCCUGGCCUCCCUAACAGUGGAUGUGGAACAGCCCUUUGCUCAGGAAGACACCAGAACUGCUGGUGAGCCUAUGGAAGAGGAGCCAGCCUUGUGAAGUGCCAAGUCCCCCUCUGAUAUUUCCUGUGUGUGACAUCAUUGUGUAUCCCCCCACCCCAGCACCCUCAGACAUGUCUUGUCUGCUGCCUGGGUGGCACAGAUUCAAUGGAACAUAAACACUGGGCACAAAAUUCUGAACAGCAGCUUCACUUGUUCUUUGGAUGGACUUGAAAGGGCAUUAAAGAUUCCUUAAACGUAACCGCUGUGAUUCUAGAGUUACAGUAAACCACGAUUGGAAGAAACUGCUUCCAGCAUGCUUUUAAUAUGCUGGAUGACCCACUCCUAGACACCAAGUUUGAACUAGAAACAUUCAGUACAGCACUAGAUAUUGUUAAUUUCAGAAGCUAUGACAGCCAGUGAAAUUUUGGGCAAAACCUGAGGGGUAUUCAUUCCUGACAUUCUGAUCAGCUUUUUUGGGGUAAUUUUUUUUUUUCAAACAGUCUUAACUUGUUUACAGGAUUUGCUUUUACUAUGAAAGGAUAGUAAUUCCACCCAGAAUGUAAUGUUUCUUGUUUGUUUGUUUUGUUUUGUUAGGGUUUUUUUUUUUUUUUCCCUAAACUUUAACACACAGUUCAACUCUUCCUAGUGAAAGUUCAAGAUGGAGGCACUAGCAUGAGGCUUUUUUCAGUGGAAUAAACCACACUGUAUCUCAAAGUCCAAAUGCCAAAGGAACCUCACACACUGUUUGUAAUGGUGCAAUAUUUUAUAUCACUUUUUUUUUAAUGUCCAUAAUAUCUUUGUGUUCUCACACACAGGCGAUUUGCAAUUUUGCAACUGUGUUGGAGAAUGAAGCCCCCCCACCUCCCAGCCCCGCAUACAUCCCUUGUUCUUAUGACAGUAGGUCUGAGCAAAUGUUCCACCAAGCAUUUUCAGUGUCUUUGAAAAGCAGGUAACCUUUCAAAGGUGGUCUUAAUUUGUUGCAAAUCUAUCAAGUACUUAUUCACUCACCUUUAUUUUUCUGCCCUCUGUCAAUUUCUUUCUUCGUACCUUUCAUCAUUCAUUCCUACCUUUAGAAAAACUGAAGAUUACCCAUUAUCUCCCCUAUUACUUGAGGGCCUUGACUAUUUAGAUUAUUUUGUUUAUUUUCCAGGUUAACACAGUUGUUUUGUCUGAUUGCAUUUUAUUAACUGUGAAGCUAUUCACACGAAUAUCACUUAAGCAACAUUGCUCAAUUUUCUAUGUGUUUGAAAUGUAUUAACAAAGGCACUGCUUAUUUGUAGUCACCUUGAAUUGACUUAACCUAGAAGUUGUGCCUUCAUGUGAAAAAAAAACAAAAACAAAAAACAGCCUUUAAACAAGUUGCCUUAGUGUCAAAGGUUAAAAAUAAAGGACAUUUAUUUCUGAGAUUAAAAGUAACUUACUAAAUAUAAGUAGGUUAUCCUCCUACCUCCUAAAAUUCUAUUUCAACAUAUAACUCAAACACCUAAAGAUAUUGAGGUAGAAUAUCUCACAGUAUUUAAUAUCUGACAAUGCUUUUGAAAGAGUUGAUGUUUCUUUUUAUAUAUUUUUCUAACUCAAAGGAUAUAUUAAAGCCAUAAGUGAAGAUUGUCAUGCUUUUAUUCAGAAAUCUGAAAGAAACCUUAAUUAAAACAAGGUUUUAGGGAAGGCCAUGAUAUGAAAGAUAUGGAACAAUGUGGUUUUAGUUAGAGAGGACUCUAACCUGUAAAUCAAAGAUGAAAGAUUUCACUCAAGUAGAAUUAUAUAACUCCCUUUGUUAUACAGUCAGACCAUAUUUUUCAUGCAUUUGGUUUUUUUAGGAUUACCAUUUUAAUUUUAAAGACUUUUAUUACAUAUACAAAAAUGGCUCAAUACUUGGUUUAACAUCUUAGAAAUUUGAGACACCCUUUGAAAUAGGAAAUCUGAAAUGGAAUGUAACUUAGUAUUAGGUAAAAAUUGCUUUCAUUGCAUAUGGGCAAAUUCAAUCUAGAUUCAUAGUAGUAAUCAAUUUUUUAUAAAUUUUAUUUUCAUGAUAUUUUCAGAGAAAUUCAUACCAAUCAUAUUUGCUAGCUUAUGUUAUUUUGCAGUGAUUGCUUGAGGAUAUUUACUUAAAAAAAUAGGAGAGCCAAAGGCUUAACAAAAGACUCUCCCCCAUUUUAAAAAGGAAACUCAUGUUUUAAUUAGAAAACUAAUCGUGUAGUUUUAAAAUCAACUUCAUAAUUAUACAUUUCUGUCAUUACUUUUUAGUCCUCCCAGAUAUUUUUUAGAUGUUGAAUAGGAAAAUAAAACAGUGUAAUGCAAACAUACUAAUUUACUGAAGUUUCCUACAACAAUUUAGCCACAUGUUUAUGCCAAGCCAUUAAUCUGAUAUAGCCAAAUCACUAGGACAUCUCCAUGGUUAUUUAGAUUUAAAACUUGACACAUUAAUGAGUUAAUCACACAUUCUCCCAUGUGACACCAUACCCAAUAGGUUGCACUUAGAAUCUUUCAGAUACCUGGAGAAGCAAAUGAACUAUGGAGAGGAUUAUUCACAGCUGAAUGUAGCUGUAAGAACAGAAUGCCAGUGCUUUUUGAUUAUACCGUUACAAGAUGGAGCACAGCCCUGAGGGACAGAAUAGAGGCUUUCAGAAAAUAUCAACACUUCUUUUGAAAUAGACCAGCACUUUUUGAAAGGGUAGUUUCACUUGAUAUAGUUUUUCUUCACUUACAGGUUUAAAUUUUAUUGCUCACAAUUGUUCUGAAUGAGAGGCUAGAAGAGUAUUAUCAAUUUUGCAUCUCUUUGUGAUCCUUACUUUGAAGAAAAUCACAUAGGCUCUCUCACAGUCUCAUGAUAUCUCAUAUAGGUGAAUAAAAAUGAUUUUUCAUAAAUCUAGUAAAUAAUACUAGGAGUUUAAUAAACCGUCAAACAUAGGUAUAAAAAGAAGUCUUAAAUAUUAAUUUUUCCCAAUUGUAUAAUUUGGGGCUGGAUAUUAAACUAAAAAAUACAGUUCAUUUUAUUAAACAGUAACCAAAAUGGACUCAAAACCAGAGGCUAUGUUACCAUUGCUUCGUAAAUGGAAAGAACAUUUUGAGAUGAACUAUCUUUAAAUAUUUUAACAAGUUCAUAAUAUCAAUAGUGGGGCUGGAAGUCAGCUUUGGAGAAAAUAGAGAUAUUUGUGAAAAAAUGACUACAAAUCACAUUUCUGUUACCAAUCCGGGGGAUGGAAAUCUUGCCUUCAGUGUUUACUCCAGCUCUACACGACACUGUCACUAACCUCUCACUGACAACAUGAUGGCCUUGAAAGCAGGGCAUCUCCUCCCACAAAGGCUUCAGAAAUUACAGGACUGGUCUCUCUUAAUAGUUCAGUCCUGCUUUAUUUCCAAAGGUCAUUUAUAAAGCCUUGUGGAUUUACUGGGUUUCUUUACAGACUCCAUAUGGAAGUAAAAUAGAAGGAUCAUUUGGAAAGUCUCCUGGGAAAAAAUUCCUCUUCAACCAGCAUUUUAAAACUUUUGAGACAAGAGUUUUGCGCUUGGUGCCCAGGCUGCAGUGUAAUGGUGCAAUCUCGGCUCACUGCCACCUCUGCCUCCCGGGUUCAAGCAAUUCUCCUGCCUCAGCCUCCCGAGUAGCUGGGAUUACAGGCAUGCGCACCAUGCCUGGCUAAUUUUUGCUUUUUAGUAGAGACGGGUCUCCAUGUUGGUCAGGUUGGUCUCAAACUCCCGACCUCAGGUGAUCCACCCGCCUCAGGCUCCCAAAGUGCUGAAAUUACAGGCGUGAGCCACUGCGCCUGGCCAAACUUAUUGUCUUAACGCCAGCAUUUAUGUUUAGAAUAAUUAAUUUGAAUAUUUCUUAGUAUUUCUCUGUUGAAUGUUUAUUCUCAACUUAUCUCAAUGAAAGAAAUAUUAAAAGUCUUAUAGCCCCAAAAGAAACAAGCCAAACUUUACUGUCUUAAAAGUGAUUCACUCUGAACUUGAAAUGACUCUGUCAGUGUCUGACAUUGUCAUUUCUAGUGGCAUGUAUCUUAACAUUCUUUUCCUGCUUCAGGAAUGAAUUCACUUGUCCUGCUGAGAAAAUAAGGGGAAAACAAGAUAGAAGUAGAAAACAACACACCUGUUCAACUAUUUUCAUAAAGAUGGCGUUUUUCACUUUCAAAGAAAUGAAAACCAGAUGGCCUAUGCUAAGAAGUGAAGGCAUUUAGUUGUCUUCAAAACUGAUCAACAUGGUCAUGAUCAUCAUCAAAUUUCUUGUGUUCCCAAAGGCCACUAUUAUAGUACAGUCUCCAGCAGUAUUUUGUACAAUGUGCUGGCUUUGGAAUGAAAUAUUAUAAUGUAUCUUGUCACCUUCAUCAACACCACCAUUAAAUAUGUAAGUUCCUAUGUGUGGCUUCUUUUUCUGGGCAUAUUUGCAUCAAAAAUCAUAGCCCUUGCCUCCUUGCUUGCUUUUACUCCAUUAAAUGCUUUAUGAAGCAGAGCAUGAUUGUCAAGUGGCCAGAGGAUGACAUUUGUAAGUGAACAACGUAUACUCACACAUGCUAUACUCAUACUACAUAACUUAAUUUCUCCAAAUCAACUGCAGUCCAUUUUAUCUAUGACAUUCCUAGCUUCGUAUAAUGCUUUUGUAAAAUACAUUAAAUACAAUUGAGUCAGUUAUUACUAUGCUGGAAAUAACUAGGUCAGACAAUUAAACCUAAGACUUCUGAUCUGGGGCUGUUUGGACUUGAUCCAAUGAUAAGGUAAUGAGGUUGUUGCAAUUUCUCAAACCAUCUUAAUUCUCAAACUGAAACAUUUAGCAAAUACAUGGUGAAUCUGGUGUAAACUUACAAUCUUUCUAACAAAUAAUGUUCUUUCAACUCUUCUCUACUUUUUCUGCCUAACAAUCUAUACCAAAUUGCCCAUAUCUAAGCAAUCAAAAGUUUCUGAAAUCUCUACACUAUGUUUCCUUAGUAGAAAUGACCUUGACAACUUAUUUUCUGAGAUACCGCUAGGCCUACUGUCUUUCAUGCCAUUUUGUAUAAACACUUUGAUAGACGCUCUGUCUUUUGUUUUUCAUCUCUUUUCAAGAGCCACUUGACUUUUUCGAAUAUUCUUAAAAGAUAGAUUUAGUUAUUGUAUUUUGGUCUACAGUUUUGGACUUGGCAGUUUGUUUUACUAAGCAGAAUUAUUCUUUUUGUUUCAAACAUAGUUUGCCAUCAUUCUUGCUACUCCCUAAUCAUGUUGUGCUAGUUAUUGUGUAGAGAAAAUUGUACAUAUAUUACCUUGUCCUUUGGAAGAUGUCUUUGAGUCAAACCCACAAGCAUGAACUCUCACCUGAAGGAAAACUGGCAAAGGAGAAACUGUAAAUCAAUAUGUUUUGAAAGGAAGAGAUUUCCAGAGUUUAAAAAAAAAAAAAAAAAUUGGGAUCCUUUUAUUUUUUUGUUUAGGCCUUAGGCACAAUAGAAGCAAAUGUUGCAAUGUCAAAUAUAAUAGGGAGAGUUCAAUGUUUCCUGGGACAUUGUGGUCAUGUCUUGAAUCCCCUUCUUGGAGCUGGCAUUUUAUGACAAUUCAUAGAGAUCUUGCAGCAAUAUUGAGCUAUUGGUUUUAUUAACUUAAAAUUCAACAGAAAUGGAGUCAUUUUAAAAAAACAAAGAAUUAAGAAUUGCAAAAUCUGAAGUGGAAUGGCACUUCCUUGGGUAUGUAAGGGUUGUUUUUGGAUAAAACUCCCCAUUUGUUCUUCCUACACUUUAAUAGUCUCAAAUUCUUUCUGGGGAAGCAACGUCAGUGUCUACCUCCACAAUAACUACGAUAUAGGAAAUUGCCCUUUCAGUGGUUUCUAGGUAUAACAAACAAGCCGUUAAAAACAAGUGACCAUUUUGUAGGUUACAGCCUUAGCAGUCUGUGUCAUUUGAAAGCAAAUGUCCUGAUAUUUUUAAAUAAGGUAGGCAGGGCAGGCAGGAAACCAAUAUUUAUUAGUUUUGUGAUUAAACACUCUAGACCAGGCUUGUUGAUGUGUAUGCCAAUAAUCUAGAAUUUUUGGCUUAGUGUAAAAUAAAAAUGUCUUUUCUAUUGUGGUCUGAUAUCUGUUUCUGUAAUAAGAUCAGUUUGUUGUCCUCUGUGCACCAGUGGUUUUGCCCUUAAUUUUUUUUGGCUAGCAUCACCAAGAUCUGUCAUCCAGAGCUGCUGAGAAAAAUACAUGUUGCCAAACUUUUCUUAAAAUUGUGCUGCCAGUGGCAUUUUCCCAGAUGUGAAAAAUAAUAAUCUAAUAAAGGAUUAAUACCUAAUAACAAUAUCAUUGUUGAACAUGCUCAUGGAAUGUCCACCUUCUUCUGAUUCCUUUUUUGUAUUUGAAAAUGCAAUGGUGUGUUCCAAAUUAUCGUUGAUGUUGUUAAUGUCAUGACUCUCCUUUGAAGAGAAUAAAAGAUUCCCCUUUGUUUUGUGUUUUCUACUGAAUUAGAUUUUCCUCUAGUCCUAUGUGAAUAAAAGCUAUUUGAAAUAAAA